AUGGACUGGACUGCAGGUUCUGCAGUCUGCGGACCGUCCCGUACGGUAUCCACGACGCGCCACAACAGCACUACUGUAACCAUACGGCGUAACCUCAAGCGCCACUUCGGGAGAAGAGCGCCACAGUACCAGUGUCAAGACGACCUCAAUAACAACACCAAAGCUGCCCAAAGCAGCAACCACACCGUAACAACAACAAAGCAGCAACCACACCGUAACAACAAUAAGCAGCAACCACACCGUAACAACAACAGCAGGCCCCACCAAGAACUGCUGCAACAAGGGAGCUCCUUCUAUGACUAUGUGGAACCGCUGCCUGUAUAUCAAAACGAAAAAAUCGGCACUUUGAAGGAGGGCAUCAGCUUUACAAUAACCGGAAAAAUUCUGCUAAAUUGCGAGCGGUUUUCAAUCAAUUUCGUCAUCGAGAAUGCAACACGCGAUGUUGCGCUGCACAUUAAUCCACGCCUGCCACAAAACUAUAUUGUACGCAAUACGAAGGUGAAAGGCGUAUGGGGCAGGGAAGAAGUCUCGUCAGCACUGCCAUUCUCACUGCAUCGUGGCAGCCGUUUCGGCAUGCAGAUCUUCAUAACAGAUAGCGACUAUCUGAUCUCCGUGAAUGGCAUACAUUUUGCCAAAUAUGCACACCGUGUACCAUACUCGUCAGUGUCGACUAUCGAGAUGAAGGGCGAUGUGGAAGAUGUGAGCAUGGAACGCGCCGAUGUGGAGUUCUAUCCCGAGCAUAUACCGGGCGUUGAUCCCAAAGAAAUAAGUAUGGCACUGGACAUUUUCCAUGACAAGCCAAAUGGUGAUAAGACAGCGUUAAUACCAUACGAUGAAGUGGAUGGCUCGAAUUUAGAUUGGGCGCCACUGGGUAUUAAAAGUUCGAUUGCCUUAAUGAAAAAUAUCGCCUGUGGCAUACCGCUUCCAUACUAUGGGCUGUUGCCGCCCGAUUCGCUAAAAGUAGGGCGUUGCUUACAAACUGUGGGGCGUGUUAAAUUGCUGCCACAAUCAUUUUACAUUAAUCUACAAAAGGGCCAACACUACUGGCCUCAUCCUAUUAUCGCAUUUCAUUUUAAUCCACGUUUCUCGAAGCAUAGUGGUGCAAUUGGCAAGGCGAUUGUGUGUCGAAAUGCUUGGUUCAAUGGCGCGUGGGCAGAGGAGGAACGCUCCGAAUUGGAUACAGAUUUUCGGCCUGGAAAAACAUUUCGCUUGGCCAUUGUGUGUGCGGAAAAUGGAUUUGAGGUUUACUUGAAUGAUAAACUAAUAACUGAUUUUAAAUAUCGUAUCAAACCGGAUAUUGUCGAUACGGUGUAUAUACAGGGUGAUAUCAAAUUGCGCAGCGUUGUGGUACUUAGUAAUUUAUCGCCAAAAGGCACAAGACGCAUUUAUACAAAUCCGCUCUUCAGAUAUAACUAAUCGGUGGUGGCGACGGGAAGGAAAUAAAGUGAAGAUUCCAGCGCUGCUCGCUGUUCAGAGACCCCGAAGGCAUUUGAAAAAGUUUGAAGGACUUGGAGAAAUUGUUGGCGAGCGAGGCGAAACUAUAGCCAUAUUAAAUAUGGAUGGAUAUGCGAAUAGAUUUUAUAAUUCUUUAAUUAUUUAGCUUUACUUAUAUAUUUCAUAUACAUUUUCUGUAAAGUUCAUUUUAAGACAAAAAAAAAUCCAAGACAUUAAAUCAAAGAUUAGUACCUACAUACAUUAUUACAAUAUUAAUUUAAUAAAAAAAGGCUUUUACUAAGACACAAAUUGUUAAAUUUUUAUGAAGCAUGUUUCGAAUAAAGAAUGUGUUCUUUAAACAUUA